UUUUCUUGCCGGUAACUUUACCGGUUUACAGCACUGUAGUUCACAUGAAAAUGAGUUGUCAAUAAACAAAAUCAAAAGGUUAUCAAGUUAAAAGUUAAUAAUGACGGCUGCUAUAAAAUAUAUGGGCUGGAUUACCGGAUGCUCGGUAUUCACGGCCUUUAUAUCGAUCAUCUGGCAGGCAUUUCUAUCUCUGCAAGCGCUGAAUCGCACAACCGUGCUACUAACCGGUCUUCUUGCCUUGGAAGGCGGUUUGCGAGACUUUAAGAAGGCGGCCUAUGAACCGGCACCCAAAAUAGCCAUAGGGUAUGGCGCUUGCACAGACUUGCAAAUCAAUGCAACAGAGUUUCUGGCGCAUUAUAAAAUGCAAAUACCCACAGUGAGUCCAGAUCUUAUAGCGGACGAGGUACACAACGAGAAGCAAUUGGUGGAGUCAUUUGCUUAUUACUUUAAGAAUGGUGCUGCAGCAGAACGUGUUAUGCCCAAUACAACGUUAUUUAAGGAGCUUAUAGAGUUUGCUAAGGCAAUGGAUAAGCAACAUUGGUACAUGGGUGGUAAUGCGCCCCUAAUGGCUGUGCGCUUUGUUUUGGAAGGAGCAGAUGUGCUGCUCGGAGCACACAUGUCGAAAAAAUUACGGCCGCUGCUGCCCAAGGAGGUGCGCGUGGCUGGAGAGGAAAUUCCAGAAGAUGAUAUACAUCUUAUACUGGAGUACAAAGCGGGGGAUAUCUGGGGACCAUAUUUGGCACCACGAGCCAAUCGCUAUAUUCUACACAACGACAAAAAUAAUCCGUUCCUUAAGUCCGUCGAGCACUUAACAGAGGCCUUAAAGUCAUUCCAUCCACAGCUGCUGGUCAUAAGCGGCCUGCAAAUGAUGGAUAUGUUCAAGUUCAAAGCAGGCGUGCGUGAGGCACGUUUGCGACAAGUCCAGCUACAGCUGACCAGCCAGCGAAGGGAUACUUUGCAUCAUUUUGAAUUUGCCAGCUAUGUGGAACUGCAGCUGCUGCAACAGCUUCGACAGUAUGUGUUGCCGUAUGUGGACUCGCUGGGCAUGAACGAACAGGAGCUGUCUAAUUUGCGGCAGGUGCUGCAGCAUGGACGCACCACUUUGGCCACAGACUGGAAUCCACGAAUUGCUAAUACGUUAGAUCAAAUGAGGCAGGUGUUUAUAAGUUUCCUAGAAGAUUUCCACGAUAAGAGGCGGGAGGAUACGCAGCGUCGCCUAAUUUCCAGAAUUCACGUGCAUACCAUGGCCUACCAGGCUAUUAUGACCAUCGCCAACUCAAAGUGGAAACACACAAAAGCAGCGGCUGCUAAGGCAAGCCUCACCGCUCAUCGAUAUGUAUGCAAGACCCAGUUUGUGAAUCCUGAGUCUGCUAUGCAAAUGUUGGAUGACAGCUUUGCAACCUCUGCCCAGGAGAAGGCACCUCGCAUGCGCAUCGAUUCCGCAAAUCCUGUGCCCUGCUGGAACGAGUAUAUACAAUAUGGCCACGAUUUGCAGAGAAUCCAGGUGGAAAUUUGUGUAGCACCGGUUCUGGUGUGCCGUGUGGCCAAGAAGACGGCGGGUGCUGGAGAUAAUAUCUCCGCAUCCGGACUUGUAGCUCAGCUGUAGGCCAAAAACAGUGAGCAAAAACACGUAAAGACAACGAGUAAAUUUAGGACCGGCAAGACUGCUUAGUAUUUUUACAAACGUAAUGAGAAAGACUCGAAUAGCGAAAUCCUUAAACGCAACCCACUCAUAGUAAGCAAUCCCUGUUGACUACUAUAUUCUCAGCAUGUUCAGCAUCUUAGUGACCUUAGAAAACACGUUACCUUUAGAUCGAGUUGGCUCACAGCCAUAGAGUACAUAUCCAGUGGACGAAACGAAAAAUCCUUACAAGUGUGUCUAUCACUACUUAAUGUGUUCAAAAUUAAUCCUAGUCCAACUUUAUAAGUUAGUGUAUUUUUCGGUAUUGUAAUAAUCUCAAGCAUUCCUACUUACAAUUUGUUUUGCGCACUUUGUUUUAUGCAAAUAAAAAUAAAAAUU